CUUGUGACUGUUGUCCCCGGGCUCAUCAUGGUGGUGCCUUUGUUCUCGGACCUGCAGUACUACCUCACCAAAGAGGUUCAUCCGGAAUUGUACGUUGACAAAUCAAGGGGAGAUAAACUGAAGAUCAAUCUAGAUGUUAUUUUUCCACAUAUGCCCUGUGCUUAUUUGAGCAUCGAUGCCAUGGACGUAGCAGGAGAGCAGCAGCUGGAUGUAGAGCACAAUCUGUUUAAACAACGUUUGGAUAAAGCUGGCAAUCGUGUGACUCCAGAGGCCGAGAGACACGAGCUGGGGAAAGAAGAAGAAAAAGUGUUUGAUCCAAAUGCUUUGGAUGCUGAUCGCUGUGAGAGCUGCUACGGGGCAGAGUCAGAGGACAUUCGGUGUUGUAAUACUUGUGACGAUGUCAGAGAAGCAUACAGGCGGCGAGGCUGGGCCUUCAAGAAUCCGGAUACCAUAGAGCAGUGCAAGAGGGAAGGGUUUAGCCAGAAAAUGCAAGAGCAGAAGAACGAGGGCUGCCAAGUGUAUGGUUUCCUAGAGGUCAACAAGGUAGCUGGAAAUUUCCACUUUGCACCAGGAAAAAGUUUCCAACAGUCUCAUGUACAUGUGCACGCUGUUGAGAUUCACGAUCUGCAGAGCUUCGGACUUGAUAAUAUCAAUAUGACGCACUAUAUCAAACAUCUCUCAUUUGGAAGGGAUUAUCCAGGCAUUGUGAACCCUCUGGAUGGGACGGACGUCACUGCACAGCAAGCUUCCAUGAUGUUUCAGUACUUUGUCAAAGUGGUCCCCACGGUGUAUAUGAAAGUAGAUGGUGAAGUAAGUACCUUUUUUCCCCUAUUGCUUUGGCAAGUGAAAGCCUUCAGACUUUCUCCUCAAUUCUGACGCUGACCGUAUCUGACCUCUGGUGGAAGCAACACAAUCUGUUUGACUUUCUUCAUAUAACCACCCCGGCAAGAAUAACGGUAUCGAUGGUGUAAUGUUAUCCGUAAUGUUGCCGCAGCGAUGAAGCAGAUUUCAGUCUCCUCCAUCCCACCUAGAUCAAAGUGACCAUGCCAUUUUCAUCAUGUUCCCUCAGGAGAAGUCAAAGCAGCAGGGAGAUCCUAAAAAUGUUCUUUGGAGAAUAACCCAAGAUCAGCUUGUCUCCGAUUUAAAAACUCCUUUAGCCUCCAAAAGAGCGUGGCUAGAUUUCCAGCCCUGCUUUCAGACUAUGUCCUUCUUUUGGGACAGGUAGGAUAAACAAAUUACCGAGGAGAUACCAGGGUGAGAGGAAGAUCCUGAGAACAGAGACAAACUUAUGCUCUCUUCUGAAGGCAGCCUGAGGGAGUUGAAAGAAUUGUGAUUUCUUCCAUUCAUUUGGAAGGGUUUAUUUUGGUUGCCGUCAUUCUGCAGGGGACCUCAAGAGCUACAGAGAACCUCUUUUUAAAAAACAACACAAAACAAAACAAACCUGUCAGUUAUCAUUACUUGGGCCCCCAUAGUCUUAGGGCAGCAGAAUGAUGUAAGCUGUUGUGUUUCUUUUGCAAAGAAAACACCAGCAGAGGCAGCAGCUCUACUGUUGUGCGGACUUCACCACCAGUGCUACCCAGCGUACUUAUCUAACCCUGUGAGGAAGAGACAGGCGCCACAUGCCCCAGUACCUCUGUGAACAUUCACGUACAAGAUGGCUUAGCUCCCUAGCUGUCUCCGAGGUUUUGGUUCUGCAUCUUGUACGCUGCAUGGGUGGUCCAUGUUUCACUUUGACACCAAACCAGCUUCCUCUGAGGUGA